AUAAAUCCCACAUUACUUAGCCACUUUCUUUGCUUUCUAGGUUCUCACUAGUCAACUUUCUUCCCAACCUCUCACUAAAGUCCAUAACAAACGUUGUUUGUUUAAUACCUGUUGGAUGAUUCUUGAACUCCUUUUUGUAUGGCUAGGAAUGGCAUUAUCACUUGUAAAAUGACCUUCACCUCAUUCUCUCCCUAUAUGGCCCUCCUCUUCUUUCUUCUUAUCGUAAUGGCCGAUGACCAACAGCACAGCUUUCCAGAAGUCACCUCAAGAGUUGAAGCUACAAACGAAAACACUUCCCAAUCGACCAACAAGAUCCAAAUUCCUCACUUAGGCCGAAAGGUCGGGCCACACCGGGUUCAUCGGUCAUCAUCUUCGCCGUGGAGGAGGGAAAGAAUAUUCAAGGCAGGUGCUCAUGAAGUUCCUAGUGGUCCAAAUCCCAUUUCAAAUAGUAGCAUCCAAAGUAAAUGAGUAAGCAGGGUCCCUUUCGUGCAGCGGAUUUCCCAAGAUAACCCAUCUUUGUCUCUUUCUUUCAAAAGCUGGAUCGCCAUUAAAGGGUGCUCUUCGUCCUCAUCUGCCUUCACCAUCACCACAGUGUUGUAAUCCUCUUGUUGUGUACCUUCCGUUGUUUGUUUUUGAGUGGAAGGACUGUGGAUUUGUUUUGUUCGGUGUUUUUUGCUGAAUGGUUUUCAAAU